AUGGAAGAUGAGUUUAAUGCUCUUAUGAAAAAUAAGACGUGGGAACUUGUACCACGACCACCAAAUGUUAAUAUUAUCAGGUCUAUGUGGAUUUUUGCUCAUAAAGAGCGUUCUAAUGGUUCAUUUGAGAGGCAUAAAGCACGUCUUGUAGGUGAUGGAAAAACACAACAAGUUGGCAUUGAUUAUGGGGAUACAUUUAGUCUAGUGGUGAAGCCUGCGAAUAUCAGAACUGUGUUGGGUAUUGCUUUAUACAAAUCUUGGUCUAUUCACCAGUUAUAUGUAAAAAAACGUUUUUUACAUGGAGAACUUAAUGACACCAUCUAUAUGCAUUAA